GCAGGGGAGGGACCUGCAGUAUGCACGAGGAGCUUCGGUGAAGAGAGGGAAUAAGCAGCAGAAUCAUUUCUGGAGGGUAUAGAGUCGUGUGUGUCCGUGCAGUAUUCAUGGCUUUGUGUGUGGUGUGUGACACUGGAACUUGCCCCGGCACACUUAGCUCACACCCAUCGAAGCCACAGGACGUCCCCAGAGCUGCUGCUGUAUUAAACAGGGACUGCACUACGGGAACAACCUGACAAGGAGAGAGGAGAAGACAGAAAGGAGAGAGAACACAGAGGUGGAGAGGAGAGAAAGGAGAGAGAGAGAGAACAGAGAAGAAGAGGAGGACAGGGAAAGAGAGAAGUACACAGCGUGUUGAGGAAGAGUAGAGGAGAAGAAGAGGAGGAGAAGAGGAGCAGAGGAGGAGAGGAGGAGAAGAGGCGAAGUGGGAAAGAGGAGAGGAAGAGGAGAGAAGUGGAGGAGGAGAGGAGGAGAAGAGGAGCAGAGGAAGAGAGGAGGAGAAGAGGCGAAGUGGGGAAGAGGAGAGGAAGAGGAGAGAAGUGGAGGAGGAGAGGAGGAGAAGGGGAAGAGAAGGGCAGGAGGGGAGUACACACCGCAGCUUGUAUUAGAAGGAGAAAAGGAAGGUGAGAACCGUCGGAGUGGUUGUAAAGGAGCUGAACUUCUCAGAAGAGACUUCCUGUCAUGUUUACUUCAGUCCGGAGCCUUUGUGUUCAGGACACAAUGUCCAGGCUACUAUCCUCAGAGUCUGGCCGCUGCCGAUGAGUCCGUCCAUACGGCCGCUGCACACACCGAGCACUGUCUCUUUUACCGUACUUUGUUGUUGGUCAGGAGGGAGGCGCAAAGGGAACUGAAAUGCAGAAUGUACCGGAGGAAUGGAGGGAAGAACAGAGGGCUGGAGGAGGAGGAGAGGUGGAUGCUAAACCCUGGGAGGGUCGAGAGGCCUUAUUCCAAAUUAACACUGUUAACUCCAAACACGAUAUGGACACUGGGAAAGAGAAUGGAGAGACCGGGGUUAAGGAGAGGAGGAAGGAGAAUGUAGAGAUGAUGAACGAAGGGGGAAAGGGGACGGAGAAAGAGUCCCUGAUGAUGGAGCUGACCCGUUUGGUUCAGAAGACAGUGAAGGAGAGUAGCUGGUGGGAGAGGCGAGGUAUCGACAUCACUAUCCUGGUCCUGGCCUUUCUCCUGUUACCUCCAGCCUUUCUGCUGCUGGGCUCAUCCCAGUUCCUGGUGUUUGUCCUGGGCAUGGUGCUGAUGGGGGUGUCCCAUGCUGUCAUUUCCAUUAAGGGAACCCACCUGGCCAGCCACGGAUCGCUGAGCGAGUCCCCCGCCUGGGCCGAGUUCUGGGCUGUGUUCUUCAUAGAGGUGUGUGGGUCGUUCACAGCAAGGGCAGGUGUAACAGGCCACAUUAAGAUGCAUCAUGCCCACACCAACGUGAUCGGCCUGGGUGACUCCAGCACCUGGAAGAUACCCUGUCUACCCCGGAGCGUCUACCUGUUCAUCGCACCCCUGGCUAUACCCAUUAUCACACCUCUGGUGGCACUAGGUCAGCUGAAGGACCACUCGGUGAGCCAGGCCCUGAGGACAGUCCUGAUGGUGUUCCUGGGGUUCUACUCUCAAUACUGGCUACUGAUGCGUGUGUCUGGGUUCCAGUGUCCGUACAGCAGCCUCCUCUGCAUGCUGCUCUGCAGGGCCAUGUUCUCUAUACCUUACAUACACGUUAACAUCUUCCAGCACAUCGGCCUGUCUAUGUUCUCCCCGACCCGCCGGCCCAAGAGGAUUUACCAGAUGACCCACGGGGUUCUGAACCUUCCCCGGAACCCCCUGCUGGACUGGACCUUCGGACACUCCCUCAUCAACUGUCACGUGGAACACCACCUCUUCCCCUUCCUCUCGGACAACAUGUGUCUCAAGGUAAAGCCCAUCGUGUCCCAGUAUCUAAAGGAGAAGGCACUUCCAUACCAGGAAGACACAUAUCUCUCCCGUCUGCAGCUCUUCUUUCACAAGUACCAGGAGCUCAUGGUGUUCGCCCCGCCCAUCACCGAGCUGGUGGGGGUGCAAUGAUGGAGGGGGGAAGGAGAGAGGGAGACGGAGAGAGGGAGACGGAGAGAGGGAGACGGAGAGAGGGAGACGGAGAGAGGAAGACAGAGAGAGGAAGACAGAGAGAGGGAGGGAGGGAGACGGAGAGAGGAAGAUGGAGAGAGGGAGACGGAAAGAGGGAGACAGAAAGAGGGAGACAGAAAGAGGGAGACAGAGAGAGGGAGACGGAGAGAGGGAGACGGAGAGAGGAAGACGGAGAGAG